GUCGUUGUUUGGUGUAGCGCCGUCGCAAAUACAAUCAAUCUCAAUUUUUUUUCGAGUAAAACAACCGCAAAAAUAUAUCGUCUGACAAAUGUCCACCACCUCCCUGAAGCGGUCGUCUGCUGAGGAGGAAUUAGAGAAACAAUAUCGGGAUUACAAAGCACAGUUCGAUCAGUGGAAGGAGAAAAACAAAAGCUCGGUCGGCACCGAGGCGUAUGAUGCCUACGUCAAACAAUUCCAGGAAUGGGAGAAGGAUGUAGAGAAACGAAGAAAGUCUUUGCGAGAAAAGGCUGAACGAGAAGCAAAUGAUCUCAAAGCGCAAAAAGAGGAGGAGGAAAAGGCUAAACGCCUUCAGGAAGCAAAAGAAGCUGAAGCAGCAGCAGCAUAUGCACAAUCACAACAGGCCUACAUGGCACAUCAUCAAGCUGCUCUAGAAAAGGAACAACAACGGGCCCAGCAACAAGCAGCACAACUCGCACAGGUCGUUGCUCAACAGCAACAGCAGCAGUUUGCGCAGGUACCUAUCGUGGCUCAGGUUUCCGCGCAAGUGUCACAUGGACAAAGUGACCUCAACGCUGAAAAUGUUUUCAAAGAAAUGGUGAAUGUUGUCAUGGGUGGUGCAGCUGCUGCAUUGGGCACAGCUGUGACACAGCAGCCGCCUCCUUCCAUGCCUGGUGCUCCCGGUCCUGCUGGGCCUCCUCCGCAGCUGUGGGGCAACACGAAAACGACCUAUGAUGUAAAGGAUCCGCUUUUCUUGCGGUGGGGUGUACGAGCAGCUCCAGCACAUAAUCCUCCAGUCAUUCGACCUCCCAUGCCCGUCGGACCUUGUUGGAUGGUUGAGAAUGCAUUGAAAGAGAGAAAGAUGGCUAUAGCGCCAGCACACCUUCCACCUCCGAUGUUCAUUCAACCACCUCCCCCAAUGUGAUAAUCCACGUCAUAAUUGUAUUUACAAUUAUAAGUUUCAUCGCUCUUAUCAUUUUUCUUGUUACGGUUCCUCUUUUUCUCACAGUCGAUGAAAUCGACGUCUGCUCACCCAUUCUAAUUUUUCAUUCUCUUCAAUGUUUCCUUGUGUAUCAACCUCAUUUGCACGUCUCUAGAUAAAUAUAAUAGCAUCAGUAGGUUUUACUCAAUCUUUUGGAUAUGGCCGCCUUCAGCUGCCAGCCG